CUUUCUUCCUCAGUAUAUGCCAUCGCAGAUGGACCUCCUCAACGCCUCUUCGAUAGGAGGUGGUGGCAGCUCCUCUCUCGGAGACAACAACCUUGCCUCGCGAGGGCGUAGACCACUCACGCCCAUCAUCUUCGCUGGGCCAGGAAGCAACCUCUACCCUCUUUGUGAUCCCUAUUCUUCCUCUACAACCGACGCGCUGCCCAAGGCCUUGCUUCCUCUGGCCAACAGACCGCUCAUUUCCUUCCCCUUGCAGCAUUUGGUCUCAGCAGGAUUCAAACAUGCCAUUGUCCUCGCUCCUUCGCAUCAGCACAAGGCCAUCGAAGGGGCCCUCAAGGGCGUCAGGCUUCACCCGCCAGCCGUCGUUGGGCAGAAGGGAGCGGCUGCUGCUGCUGCAGCGGCAGCCUCGUCAUCUACUUCGUCCAACAUCGCAGUAGUUGAUGGUCUCUCUGCAGGAUCCAAGCACUGGGAGUCUUCGACCAAUGCAGCGAUCGUCGUCGAGCUGCUUCCUCUCGGCCCUUACGAUGGCAAGGACAGCAACCAGAGCUCAAAGGAUACCGCUGCAGGUGAUGGGCAAGACGAGAACGACGGUUUCAGGAGGAUCGCCCGACCCGGAACUGCAGAGCUGCUCAGAUGGGUGGCUAGCAUAGGAAAGCUGGAGACCGACCCUCUCGUCCUUCCCCUCGACCUCGUCUCCCCGUCCGUCCCUCUCUCAUCCUUCCUCCUCUCCUACUACUCAGAAUGCGACCCGACUCCACCAACACUCAUGUCUCUCCUAUACCAACGCGGCGCAGGCGAGGCUGUCGGCCGUGAAAGAGAAAAGGAAGGACCGGCGCGCCUGCUCGCAGCUUACGGCACUUCUUCAUCAUCCAGCAGCGCGCCUCUAGCAACCCACCCGCUGCUGCUCCUCAGCGAGCCACCAGCGACAGGAGCGGCCGCCAUGCCCUCUCUCCCCAUCCGAACGGGCAUGCUGCACGCCCACCCACGCGCAAAAAUCAGUACCGCGUUGCUCGACUCACACGUCUAUGUGCUGCGCCGCGACCACGUUCUGCCGCUCUUGGAGGCCAGGCGAGACUUCACCAGUCUGAGAGAGCAUGUUGUCCCCUUUCUUGCCAAGGCGAGCUGGCAGAAGGGCCUGCCAGAGAAGGCCGGUUGGAAGCUUGCCGCGGAUGGUGAGGCGAGGAAGACCGGCUCAGAGGGAUCCGGUAUGGAGGAGGACGAGGAGGAGGAUCUCGACAGACCGAGCGAGAAGACGAUUGCGAGGCAAGGGCAGGCAUUGAUGCGGCUGGCAUUCGAGCGUAGCUCACUUUCGAAGCCACGAAAGGCUGGUGGCGCUCAGCUGGUGAGAGCUGUGACCUGCAUCGCGCCUACGGCGUCAAUGUUCACGGCAACGUCGGUGCCUACAGGUAGCGGCGGGGGCGGCAAGCAAGGUGGUGGCAAGGGCAACAACAACGCCUCGGCUGCCGCCACUGCAGCGGCUGAAGCGGCAGCAGAAGAGGCUUCGCACUUCCUCGCACGCGCAAACACUCUUCCUACCUACCUGGAGUGCAACCGAUACCUUCUUCGUGCCUUGGUCGCAGCAGGCCAGUCGGGCAGGCCAGUCAGUGGCGGAGCGAUCCCACUGCUUGUUGGCUCGAUGGACGGCAAUGCUGCGGGUGCCGGUUCAGGGACAGGGCACGACAUAAGCUCAACAGCUCAGCUCUCACCAGAUACGCUUCUACCGCCUGCUACUUCCUCAUCCUCGUCCUCGACGCUCAAAAUCGGCGACCGCUCAAGCAUUAAACGUUGUCUCCUCUCACCCCGCGUCACCAUCGGCAAGAAUGUCCGUCUAUCCGGCUGUGUCCUCAUGGACGGCGCAGUCGUUGGGGAUGGGGCUAAGCUGGAGAACUGCAUCGUUGGACCGAGGGCGAGAGUCGGGGAAAGAAGCGCGCUCAAGGACUGCGAUUUGGGCUGUGGGGCCAAAGUUGGGGAGAGGAGGGAGGGGAGAGGGGAGAAGUUCUCGAGGGAGGAGGAAAGUGAUGAUGAAGGGGACGAGGUGGCCGGAGGGGAGGAUUGAGGAGAGUCGAACAGCGCGGAGUUGCAUCAAUCGAAGAAGUCUAGACGCCAAUUAUUGAGAUUGAGUGCUCUGUGAGAUCGUUGAGGCGCUCAUCGCCUCUACAUGGGCUUGUCGUCGUGAGCCUUGUAACUGUAUGUGGUCCGUCGUGUCUAUCGUCGUCGAAGUCGUCUCCUUUACCCACUCUGCCCUCUACCGCUCACACGAGUCCCGCGACGGCAGGGUGCUGAUCUACCACUCUGAGAUAUCCUUUCCCCCAACUCUCCUUCGGCAGCUUCUCUAAUCUAUCAUCCAUGAGCUCGCUCUCGAUCCACGUCCUUCCCCAUCCCUUCUCCUUAAC